CGAAAAUACAUGUUACAAUCAAAAUAAACCAUCAAAUAUAAAACUAAAGGCAUGUCACAAUGGGACUUCAGAGAUAUUUCUUGGUUACUACGAAAAUUCCGUCAGUUUCUAUUAGGAAGAAAACAUAACAUUCCUAAUCUCCACAAUCGUUUCCCACCUCGGAUAUCCCCAAGGUCCAUCCCAACUCCCAGCAUCCCUCGUGGCCCGGAGUCCAUUAAUAAGUACUGGGAUCAGUGGUACAUGGAUAGGAGCGCUAAGGAUGGAGUUAAGCCGCCAAUUGUGGGACCUUUGGGUGAAGGUCCCGCGUACCCCUUGGACUGUACGAAGACUCCUCAGAUUACCAACAUAAAACCAACCGAGGUAAAGUUCGCCUGCCCCCCGACCCCCGGCACGCCGUGGUGGUGGGACGGCCACUGCUACUACGAGUCUAAACCGCAGACGAAGGCCAAGAAAGGCGGCCAUUGUGACCCUCCUCCAGACCAGUGUGCUAAGUCUUAA